UUUACCCCAAUCGUGCGAGGGCGGAUGUUCCAUCAAUUUUAGUACAAAUACGCGGAGGAGCAGCUCAUUUGAUAAAUUAACAUUGAAAAAUGUCGCAGGCUAUUGAACCAUACUUCCCAUUGCACCGAGGCACAAGACUGAAUUGGGAUUACAAGGUGAAUCUGAUUGGUGAAAAAGUUGAAGAUCCCAUGAUUCAUUGCUGUGAGAAGUGCACCUUACCAAUUUUGAGUUAUGGCCGCAUGAUUCCUUGCAAACAUGUAUUUUGUUUCAACUGUGCCAAGACAACGGACAAACACUGUCUCCGAUGUGGAGAUGCUGUACAGCGUAUUGAGCAGUCGCCUCUUGGCAGUAUUUAUGUGUGUAAUUUUGGCGCACCCAAACACAGCCCAAAAGGAUGCAAAAGGACAUACUUAUCCCAACGAGACUUGCAAGCUCACAUUAACCACAGACAUAUGAAGUCUCAACAUUCAUCUUCUGCAAGAGUGCAAACAGGAUCAAGUGUGCAGAGGGAGGCAGAAUACACACCAGCACAGCCUGAUAGAUACCCCUCAGUAUCAGUCCCUACUAUUGAGCAUCUUGGGUAUAAUGAAGUACCAGCCCAGCAAACGAACAGUUACCCUAUCAGCACCAUACCAGUGGUUACAGGUGGACGUCCAUCUAAUUUAAUUACUGUGCAGCUGCAGGAUGACAAAGAGUAUCAUGAACCAAGAGAUCCAAGAACGUAUCAGCCAACAGCGCCCCCUCCACCUCCGCCAUCACAGCACCAUUAUACACAGAGUCAGGCAUCACCUGCUAUACCUCAUCCAAUCUCACAGACAGCCUUUCCCACUCCACCACCACCAGCUGUGCAUGACCCAAGGCAACAAGCUCCACCUACUCAUCCAACCAGUCAUUACCCACCAACACCUACGUCCCAUACACUCCCUCCUGUUUCACAUGUUGUAGCACCUGGCUAUGAUCCCAGGUACGUCCCAGGCCAACUCCAAUCCGAACAAAGUUCCACAUUCCAUAGCCCAACAUCAGUAACACCUGGAUGGUCUCAUCCUGGUGUACCACCUCCACGAGUGCCAGGAUCUCUUCAUUCUCCACCACUUAAUGCUCCAACGACGGAUAAUGUCUAUGGUGCAUCAUAUUAUCAAUAAAUAUGUGGGUUCUUUUUAUUGUGAUAAUCUUUUACAUGAUGAUAAAUCAUGUAAAACCUUAAAUUGAAGCCCUGGGCUUUUUUUUUUUUUUUUUUUUUUUUUUUUGCGAACUUUAGAUGGGCUUCUAUUUUUGCAAAGUAAAGAGGGGGAGGGGGACUUAUUUUCAAAAUGAAUGCUGUAAAUUUGUACUAUAAAUCAAUAAAUAUGGCCACUGUAAUAUCAGUCUGUAUUAUGGAGUGUAUUUAACUGACAUUAAAUCACCUAAACAAUUGUA